AUGCGGCAGGAGGAGGCAGCGGCCAAGCAGAAGGCCGAAGCCGAAACUGAAGGGCUGGAGGCCAAGCCUCUAGUCGAGGCGAUGUACGAUAUGCCCAAGGAGGAUCGUCUGGGCCCGGGAGGCCUGGAUCCCGUGGAGGUGUUUGGGGAGCUCCCCGAGGUCCUGCAGCGCUGCUUCAAAGAAGGCGACGUGGAGCUGCUAAAGCAAGUGGCUCAAGAGAUGCCGGAGGAGGAGUUCGAGAUGCAUUUCCAGAGAUGUAUCGAUUCGGGCCUUUGGCGUCCGGGCUGA